CUCCAAGAGUCACACCACUUUUUUGCACUUCAGUUUGUCGAUUCCCCUGUCCUGUCUGUCCGUCCUGCUUGCUAUGCUCGCUGGCGUGACGUCUGCGGUCUCUUUGCAGUGCAGCGAGUGCGGGCGGCUUCGACUCUGUGAUGAGCUGUGCUCACUCACAUCAGCCUAUUUGUGAUUGAUCGACCAAGAUUCUGAUAAGCCCAGUCCGAGUCUCGAGAUUUGCGAAGAAUUAUCUUUUUGAUACUCACGACACGACCGUGGUCUUCAGUCUUUGGGCCGCUCUGAACUGGACACGGAGAAUAAAAAUUUGCAGACUCCCUUUUGCUUGUCACUCUGUCCCAGCUUCUGAGAUAGCCGGUUGCAAAAAAAUGGCACUGUUCAAUUUUUCAAAGUCAUUGACUACUCUGGGCGUAGUUAGACCAGCCGUCGUGCGACAGCCCAUCAGCCUCAAGCCGAUGCCUGCCUCGAGCAUGCUGAUGAACAGAAACAUCGGAAUCAGGUAUGCCAGCGGCAAGCAGGGCGACCGCAUCAGGGACCUUCACAUCAACAAGCUCACCAAAAAUCUCGAUCUGUUCACGGCUUCAAGUUCCAAACGAUCAUUGGAGAACGGUGGAUCGACUCCGGCAGAGGCAGGAACUUCGAAAUCCCUUAAACUAAAGGAGGGUGACAAUUCUCAGCAGCCGUUGGUCGUCAUGUUGCCGUGGCUCAUGAGUCAAAACAAGCACAUUGCAAAGUACGCCAACUUCUACCUGAAGAUUGGUUUUGAAGUCCUCACCUGUCGCCUUACACCCUGGCAGCUUCUAUGGCCUGCUAAAGGCAGCCAGGUCGUAGCAAAUGAUUUGCUUCAUUUUCUGGACGUCAACACGCGGGAUCGUCCAAUUCUGAUUCACGGCUUCUCGGUGGGAGGCUAUCUUUGGGGUGAGGUGCUCUCUAUAGCCCAGGCCGAUGAGGCUAGAUUCAAGCCAGUCAUGAACAACAUCGUGGGUCACAUUUGGGACAGCGCGGCUGAUAUGCAGGAUAUUCCCGAUGGUCUGCCUGCUGCAGUGUUUCCUAGAAAUAUGAUGCUGCAAAACGCAUUUCGAAAAUAUGUCAAAUACCACAUGAGAACUUUCUAUGACGGAGCUACAUGUCAUUACAUCCGUUCUAGUCAAAUGUAUCACAGUUCGAUGGUUCGAACCCCUGCCUUAUUCUUGGUAUCCAAGAGAGAUCCUAUUGGGAAACCAGAGAGCAACCUGAAGGUGGCUGAAAACUGGGAAGCGUUGGGCAUUGAUGUUCGCUUCAAAGUUUGGAAUGACUCACACCAUGUGGGCCACUUCAGAAAGUACCCAGAGGAGUACAUCGCUGAAGUAGCAGCAUUCUUGGCUAAGAUUGGUCUCAUGCCUGUGGCCUGCAAAGCUCGUGCAAAAUUGUGAUCGUCUCGUGAUGAACCUGACAUUCCUAUUCAUCGUGGAAAUCAUUCUACUUAAUUUUUUUUCUAUUUUUAUGCUUCACUUUUUGGAAGUUUUUAAUUUUUUUUAUUGUUCUUAAAAUUGAAACUCAAAUUGCCUGUAGUAGAAUUUGUUGGCUUGUAGAAAAUUAGCUGGUUUAAGGUUGAAGUGCUGGCAAGAUCAAGAGAGAUACUUCUUGUUGCUAUGUUAACCCUUAUAGUCCUUUUACACAUACACUAAUUAUUACCUCUUUGACCCAUUGUCCGUUAUCAAUAUUUGAUCAUACCACUUUGAUAGCAGCAUUGAUAUUAUGAUGAUGAGCACAUUUAAUGUAUUAUCUUUGAAUUUUUAGUGGCCAGGUGUGUCUCUUUUGACCUCUUGUUGAUGGAAGAGUUGUUUGGAAUUUAAUCAGCUGUUGAAAAUUAAAAAUAAACUCACUCUCCUUUUACUGCUUGCACUACUUAUUGUCUAUAUUGAAGUCACAUCAAAAUUUGAAUGACGUACCAUGUAAAAUACAACUAAAGGAAACUUUGGAGAAAUUAUUUCCUCUGUCAACAAAUAGCUUUGAGAAUAAAUUGAUAUUAAACGAAGUACAC